GGUUGAAAAAAAGUACUCCAUAGUUCAGGGGUUUUAGUCCAUUUUCCAAAUAUAAUAAAAUGAAAGAACUAAAAAGGCACGCAAAAAUUCUUGUGAGCUUUCAUUAUUUUUCCAAGCAGAAAUGGACGGAGGGAGCAGCAUAAAAAUAGUCAUGGAAGGAAGGAUGACCCAUCAUACCAUUAUUAUAAACAUAAACAUAAACAGCAGCACCAGCUGUAUUUUGACUUCAGCACCUCCAUUUCCGACCUCUCUCACUUCCAAGAGCUGUAUUUUGACUUCAUCAUCACCUCCAAUUCCGAUCUCUCGAACUGCCAAGUCCCCCCUGAACCUGCCGUCUGGAUUUGGAUUUGGAUUUGGAUUUGGGGGCAGUCCCUUGGUGAGGAUGGAAGACCAACCGUUCACUGGUCCAAGGAAGAACUUGACUACAUCGAAUCACUUGCGCCAUGUGGAAUCCAUGUCCCACUUGCCUUCUGGAGCCGGCAGGAUAACCAGAUUGAAUGCUCUCAUCUUAGGCGAGGCACUUGCUUCCGAGGAGGACGAUCUCGUCUUUCCCAGCGAAGCUUUCUCUACCCAGGCUCAUGUUUCUUCUCCUCGCAAGUAUUUGGAAAUGUAUGAAAGGUCGGUCCAGGAUCCCUCCCGAUUCUGGUCUGACAUUGCAUCACAAUUCUACUGGAGAGAGAAAUGGGGCCAACAGGUUUACCGUGAGAAUCUUGAUGUCCGAAAGGGGAAAAUCGAGAUCGAGUGGUUCAAGGGUGGAAUGACAAAUAUCUGCUACAACUGCUUGGAUAGAAACAUCGAGUCUGGAAAUGGUGACAAAAUAGCAAUUUACUGGGAAGGAAAUGAACCUGGUAUUGAUAGUUCUUUGACGUACAAUCAACUCUUGGCUAGAGUUUGCCAGCUAGCAAAUUAUUUAAAAGAGGUUGGAGUUCACAAGGGUGAUGCAGUUGUCAUUUACUUACCCAUGCUUAUGGAGUUACCAAUUGCAAUGCUUGCUUGUGCUCGUAUUGGUGCCAUUCACUCGGUUGUGUUUGCUGGUUUCUCAGCCGAAUCUCUUGCUCAAAGGAUCAUAGAUUGCAGACCAAAGGUUGUCAUAACAUGCAAUGCUGUUAGGAGGGGGUCCAAGAUAAUAUAUCUCAAAGAAAUUGUUGAUAAUGCCCUUUUAGAAUCUGCUCAAAAUGGCAUCAUUAUUGAUGUGUGUUUGACAUAUGAAAAUGAUUCAGCAAUGAAAAAGGAAAUGACUAAAUGGAUUAAGGGACGAGACAUUUGGUGGCAGGAUGUUAUUCUGAAAUAUCCAGUAACAUGUGAUGUGGAGUGGGUUGAUGCGGAAGAUCCACUUUUCCUUCUUUACACUAGCGGAAGUACCGGAAAGCCUAAGGGUGUCUUGCAUACAAUGGGAGGAUAUAUGGUGUACACUGCUACUACAUUCAAAUAUGCAUUUGACUACAAGCCGACAGACAUAUAUUGGUGUACGGCUGACUGUGGGUGGAUAACUGGGCAUAGCUAUGUAACCUAUGGACCUUUGCUAAAUGGAGCAACUGUUGUGGUUUUUGAAGGGGCCCCAAAUUAUCCAGAUGUCGGACGUUGUUGGGAUAUUGUUGAUAAGUAUAAGGUUUCUAUAUUUUAUACAGCUCCAACACUGGUGAGAUCUCUGAUGCGUGAGGGAGAUGAGUAUGUCUCUCGACGUUCACGCAAAUCUUUACGGGUGCUUGGAAGUGUGGGUGAGCCUAUCAAUCCAAGUGCAUGGAGGUGGUUUUUCAAUGUGAUAGGUGAUGCAAGGUGUCCUAUAUCUGAUACAUGGUGGCAAACAGAAACUGGUGGCUUCAUGAUUACUCCUUUACCAGGAGCGUGGCCGCAGAAACCUGGUUCUGCUACUUUUCCUUUCUUUGGAGUCCAGCCAGUAAUUGUGGACGAGAAAGGUGUUGAGAUUGAAGGUGAGUGCAGCGGGUAUCUGUGUGUGAAAAGGUCGUGGCCUGGGGCAUUCCGAACACUUCAUGGGGAUCACGAAAGAUAUGAAACCACAUACUUUAGUUCCUUCCCUGGCUAUUAUUUCAGUGGUGAUGGCUGCAGCAGGGACAAAGAUGGUUACUAUUGGCUCACUGGAAGAGUAGACGAUGUGAUUAAUGUGAGUGGACAUCGUAUUGGCACAGCUGAAGUGGAAUCUGCUCUAGUUUCACAUCCUCAGUGUGCUGAAGCAGCUGUGGUUGGUGUGGAGCAUGAGGUUAAAGGACAGGGGAUAUAUGCAUUUGUUACUCUGGUCGAAGGUGUUCCUUACAGCGAUGAACUGCGAAAAAGUCUUGUGCUGGUUGUUAGGAACCAGAUUGGGGCUUUUGCAGCACCAGACAAGAUACAUUGGGCACCGGGUCUUCCAAAGACGAGAAGUGGGAAAAUAAUGAGAAGAAUUCUGAGGAAAAUUGCUUCCAGGCAGUUGGAUGAGCUUGGGGACACUAGUACGCUUGCAGACCCAGCAGUGGUUGAUCAGCUUAUUGCACUCGCUGAUUGCUAAAGAAGACGCUUGCAGACCUAACUGUGGUUGAUCAGCUUAUUGCACUCGCUGAUUGCUAAAGAACUUCUAAAUAUAGUGAAGUUAUACAGGUUUAGCUGUGACUCUGUUGGUAGAGAUUGGUAUUUUUUUGAUUUUCACGUGAUCACCUUUUCUCUCCAAAUUUGAAACAACAUAUGGUUCACACACUUUUGAAGAUCAGGUUACAUUGAGAAUAAAGAAAUAACAUGCCAAGAUGAUGAUUUUCUUUUCAAUGUAAUUUUGAUUUUCUUGUGCUACUUCUCAUCACUUUGUUCAUUAAACGAUAAAAAACAUACAUGAGGAAUAAUUGUUUUCACUGAA